UAUCAGUAGUCAGCAAUGCGCCACGUUCUAGUCCUCAUCGGUUGCUGGGCCAUCGCUCAAGGGUCCAUGGACGCGAUGCUGUCCUCGGCCAUAGACAAAUGUCUCGGGUCCAGUUCGACUGAAGACUGCCUGAGGACGAAGGUUUUAGAUUACAUCGGCACACCGAGGGCAGCCAUCGAAGGAGAAGACCAGGGGGCUUUGAUUAUGAGAAGACUGAAGGAAAUCGCAAAAUCGAACGUCUUCAGGUUGGAGCUGUCGGAGGUUUUCCAAGGAGCGACGUUGCUCUUCAGGCCGAACAGGGGGCUCGACUUUUCUGUCGAAUUUCCUGACGGUGAAAAUGAAGUUGUUCCUAGGCAAGCCCGAGAUAUGAUGAAGCAGAAGAUGUUGUUCCCUCUGCUUAUGCUGGUGAAGCUGAAGCUUAAAGCUCUGACUCCAAUUCUUCUUGCAAUUGUUGGUCUGAAAGCGACAAAAGCACUCGUCCUAUCUAAACUGGCUAUACUUCUAGUAGUCGGCUUCCUGGUUGUCCAGCUUUGCCAGAAACUCGGUAUGGCCAAGAUGAGUAUGCAACCUGCUGCAAUGCCACCACCAAUGGACCCGCCAGCUACCCCGCCAGUACCGAUGUACGGUCCUCCGACCACUUCAAGCUAUGACCCAGGCUGGGAACCAGCACCUGGCCCCUAUGCUAGACUUUAUGACACGAAGCAACAGUCGACCACGGCACACCAGUUGGCUUACUCAUCGUAUACAGCACAACCUGUUCCAUACAAAGCAUAACAAGUGAUUUAAAUGAAGUUGACUAUGACUUUAGAAUAGAAAAUGGCCAAAGAGGACCUUGUACUCGACUACAUGACUCUAAACCAGACUUCGUUGACAUUGAACUUACUGUAACAACCCUACCAGACUAUACCUACGACAAAAUGCAAUUUUAUGAAAUUUAAUAAAGUUGUGGAUGAAACAAGAAACAACAAUGGACAAUAUUGACAAUUCGACAACAAACGAACCAAAAAGAAAAAGGACUCUUAGACAACAAAUACUGACCUUACGAUUGGUUGACAUAAAAAGACUUACUUUUAAUUUAUUUGAACUGAAACCUACGACUCAACCAAAGGAAACGUACAAUUGUAAAUAAUAUAAAUAAAUUAUUUAUUUUUCUCCUUCGUGAGAUCAUGUAAUAAAUGUUGUGCACAAAAAAAAA